UUUUUUUUGUGGGAUGGAACAAGUUGUAUUUCUUUUUUUGUUUCUCUUUUUAAUAAUUUUUUUUUCCUGAUUAUGCCAGAUAUUAAGCUUGAAUCUAGAGAACAAUCAUUACCACCUGUUGCAACACCUUCAAGUGAUGGUACAGGAGCAAUGACACCAGUAGAUUGGGACGCUUCUAUGGAACUUGCUUUAUUAAAUGCUAUUGCCAAUUGUAAACCUGUGGGUAUACAUAAACACUUUCGUAUAAUGUGUGUUCAACGUCAAUUCAACGAAACAAGUCCAGCUCAAUGUAGCAUUCGCGAAAUAUGGGAACGAUUAGGUGAUUACUAUGGAAUGAGCGCGUUAGAUGAAUUGGAAGAAGAGGAUAAGGAAGAAGAAGAAGAAGAAGAACAACAACAAGGCGAUGAAGGACAUGUUGAAUUCACUCUACCUACAACAUAUGAUAUACCUGAUCAGCAGCAGGAUACAACUCGAGAAAACUCACCAAGCAUUGAAAGGCCGCCAGCACGACGUACUCGUACCAGCACCAGUAGUAAACGAGACGUGUCACCAGCGGUAACAGAAUCUUCUGUGGCUUCGACACCUGAACCAGAAGAAGGGAAAUCUAUUUCAAGAAGGACAGCAAGAACUAGGAAAUCCGAAGCAAAUACUCCUGAACCAGUAUCAUCCCGAGGCACAUCAUCCAUCACAAGUAGUACAAGUGCCAGUAGAAGAUCCAAUCGAACAACAACAUCAACAACAACAACAACAAAAAGUACUCGACGGCAGAGCAAACGGAAAUCAUAAACAUGUGAAUCACAACAAUUGGGGCCCACCAUCUAAAGGAUAUGAACACCGAUUAGUUUUAUUUGAUGAAAUAUUCCCAAUCCGCCACCACUCCUUCAAUCAAAUCCAUCCACUCCUAGUUUAUGAUCCUCUCUCUCCUCCCCUUUUUUUUUUUUGGUUGACACCCCUUUCUUUUCUGGUUAGUUAGAAAUAUCACCUUUGUUUUAUUGACAUCCAAUCCUAUCUAUUUCCCCUUUUUCAUUAUGUCGCCGUUCGAAUAAAAUUUUCUUUUUUACUUUUG